AUGCCUGUGACCUUUAGCGAUUGCAGCAUCAUUCUGGCAGCGGAUGGUUCACUCUCUUUGAGAGUGAAGAGCUGUGGCAGCGAUCAUGUGAUCACCGAGGUGCUGAAUGACAUUGCCAUCGGUGAGAAGAAAAACAUGAACCUGCCUGGCGUCAAAGUGGACUUGCCCGUUCUUCAGGAAAAGGACACGAAAGACCUGUUGGAGUUCGGCAUUCCACAGGCCAUCGAUUUCGUUGCAGCUAGCUUUGUGCAGGAUGCCAAUGACAUCAAGCUGAUUAGGAAAACUCUGGGCGUAAGAGGUCGAAGCAUCAAGAUUAUCUCGAAGAUCGAGAACCAGGAGGGCAUCAACAACAUCGACGAGAUCAUUGAUGCCACUGACGGGGUCAUGGUUGCACGUGGUGACAUGGGCAUGGAAAUUGAUAUUGAAAAAGUUGGUUUGGUGCAGAAGAUGAUUAUCAACAAGUGCAACCUUAAAGGCAAGUUCGUGGUCACCGCGACCCAGAUGUUGGAUUCGAUGGAGCGUGCUCCGCGGCCCACACGCGCUGAAGCAACUGAUGUGCUGAAUGCGGUUCUGGAUGGCACAGAUGUUGUGAUGCUGUCCGGUGAGACCGCCAGCGGGAAAUUCCCAGAACAUGCAGUCGCCACUAUGCGACAUAUUUGCCAAGUGGGGGAAAGGGUCAUCGACUACAAGGCGCUUUAUCUGAAAACAAGGAUGGCGACUUUGGAAUCAAACAAGAUGGACCCUGUUGAGUCAGUGUGCUCCUCCGCCGUGAAGACAGUGAUAGAUUCUGAUUGUAAACUGAUCAUUGCCUUGACCGAAACUGGACAUACAGCUCGUGUCAUUGCCAAGUACCGACCGCCCUGCCCAAUCCUGGCAAUCACAGCCAGUGAGCCGACUUUGCGACAGAUGUUGGCGAAUCGUGGCGUUGUGCCCAUUCUCACAGCGUCCUUCCAGGGCACAGAUUCAGUGCUCGCGAAAGCAUUGGUGAAAGCCAAGGAGACCAACAUGGUGAAGCCUGGAGAUAACGUGGUCGCGUUGCACGGCCAGAAGGAGGAGUGCCCGGGCCACUCCAACUUGUUGAAAAUCGCUGCAGACCCAGCGUAUGCUGAUUUGUUUAGCCUGAGGGUUGCACUUUACGCAUGCACUUCAGAUGGAUUGUUGUCCACUGACUCCCGCUGCAACUGCUGA